CGAAAGAAAUCAUAUGGCUAUGGAAGCGGUUAUCUUGGAGUUGGCCAAGUUGUUUCCUCGAUUUGUUGAUAUUGACGGGGAUCUUCUGCGGCAUAAUGUAGAGGCUCGAUAUAUACUUAAACGGGCUGCUGAUUACGUAGAAAGUUUGGAAUACCACACUAAGGAUGGUACGGACACCAAUGAGGAAGAGAUUCGCUAUCUGAUACAGGCCUUGGUGGAUAUAAAUUGGGAGCGCAUUCAUACGGGUCAUUUUAGCAAUGUUUCAUUGCCAGUCAGAAAAAUCUAUGCGUUGGGAUGCUACUUUAAGAUAUUGUUUCUACUUCUGGAGAUAAGUAGUCCCGAGCAGAGAGAAAAGUGCAAUGCCAUUCUAGAUGAAGCUCAACUGCUGGGUUGCACUGACGAUUGGAAUGAGUUGAAGACAUCCUUAAUGAAGCAUCUAGACGAUGAUUUGUAUUUAAACGACGUUACUUCGCUGCCCAUUUUACCCGUUGUUAAGCGUUGUUCCCAUCGCUGUGAUAUACCCCAAAUAGAUGCUCCAAGCUUAAAUGAAUUUCGUACGCUUUGUUACGAGCCACAUCAGCCUACGCUCUUGCUGAAUACCAUGAAUCAUUGGCCAGCCAUGGAUAAGUGGCGCAAUUUAAAUUAUCUACUGAAAGUCGCCGGCAAUCGUACUGUUCCAAUAGAGAUUGGCUCCAACUAUGCAAGUGAAGAGUGGUCCCAGCAACUGGUAAAAAUACGUGAUUUUCUGCAUCGCCAAUUUAAUGGCGAAGAUGAAGCCAAAGAGAUUGAAUAUCUAGCUCAGCAUGAACUAUUUGCCCAAAUACCAGACUUAAAGGCCGAUAUAUGUCUCCCGGAUUACUGUACGGUGCGUAGCGAUGAUUCUGCAACGGAUGUGGAUAUUAAAGCCUGGCUAGGACCAGCUGGUACCAUUUCACCGAUGCAUUAUGAUCCAAAGCAUAAUUUGCUUUGUCAGGUUUUUGGAUCAAAACAAAUAAUAUUAGCAUCGCCCAAAGAUACGGAAAAACUUUAUCCCCAUCAGAGCGAAUUUCUUGGCAAUACAUCACAAAUAGAUGCAGCCAAAUUGGAUCUUCAGACUUAUCCACUUGCCGAAAGUGUACAAUUUUAUGAACUUUUCCUACAGCCUGGAGACUGCUUAUAUAUGCCACCCAAAUGGUGGCACUAUGUACAGGCCAAAACGCCGAGUUUUUCUGUAAGUUUCUGGUGGGAAUAGUUUACGAAAAAAUCCCCCAAUUAUAUUUAUUAUAUUGGGUGAUCACCCAAUAACAACAAAAAUUCCUCAUAUCUUUACAAACUGCGGAAAUUGAUAAAGACAAUCCGUUCAAACUUAUGAAUGCCAAGUUUGCUGAAGAAAAAUGUAGCCGAAAAUUUAGACUAAUGAUGACUAGAAUUUGCAUAAGGCGAGAUUGAUCUCCUGAACUUUGCAUUUGAUUGCAUUCCAAAAAGGUCUUGAAUUAGGCCCUUAAUGCGUAAUAUUGCAAUGGCAACAUGAAAUAUUUUAUGACACAUAAAAUAUAUUGAUCAGCUGUAAAUCUUUGCCGUGACAUUAAGUAGCUAAAAACCUGUUGCCAUCUAUCAUGACGUCACUGCAUUGAUAAACCUACGACCAUGAUGAUGUGGUCUUCCAGCUGCUGUCUGUCCACAUACAUAUGUAUGUAUGUAUAUAUUUUGUAGUAUGAAUCAUACAAAAAAAAUCAUUUGUACUCCAAUUGUCUUGUUUUAUAC